GGAUCACCUGACCGGGACUGCUGUGAUGCCAUGGCGGCGCCCGUGCUGCGCUUGGGCUACUGUGGAAGACGCUGGGCUUCAGCGUGGAUAGACGGAGGUUCCCGCCACCGAAGUGGGACUCAGAAUAGGCCCACAUCAAAAUGGGCUAGGGGACAGAGUUCAGUGGCUCAGCCUUCCCUCCACACGGCUCAGAAGCCGAGGAAAGGUGAACACGAAUGGGCAGCUGUAGUGGGAUUGGAAAUUCAUGCACAGAUUGCCUCUAACUCUAAGCUCUUCUCCGGAGCGCAAGUGUGCUUUGCAGCUCCUCCGAAUUCUCUGGUUUCUUUUUUUGAUGCAUCUCUGCCUGGAACUUUGCCGGUUCUCAACAGGAGGUGUGUGGAAGCUGCAGUGAUGACUGGCCUGGCACUGAACUGCCACGUAAACAGGAAGUCCUUGUUUGACAGGAAGCACUACUUCUAUGCAGACCUUCCUGCAGGCUACCAGAUCACCCAGCAGAGGCUCCCGAUUGCUGCCAAUGGGCACUUGACAUACAGUGUCUACCUAGGGAAGAAGCGGAGCCAGGUAACCACCAAGACGGUGAGGAUCAAGCAGAUCCAGCUGGAGCAGGACAGCGGCAAAAGCCUCCAUGAUGACCUGAGGUCGCAGACUCUCAUCGACUUGAAUAGAGCCGGAGUUGGCCUUCUCGAGGUAGUCCUGGAGCCUGACCUGUGCUGUGGAGAAGAGGCAGCCCUAGCUGUCAGGGAACUGCAGCUGAUCCUUCAAGCCCUGGGGACCAGCCAAGCCAACAUGUCAGAGGGUCAGCUGAGAGUAGACGCCAACAUAUCCGUGCAUCACCCCGGGGCACCCCUGGGCAUCCGGACUGAAGUGAAGAAUCUCAACAGCCUCAGGUUCUUGGCCAAAGCCAUAGACUAUGAAAUUCAGAGGCAAAUCACUGAACUUGAGAGUGGAGGUGAAAUUCUGAAUGAAACUCGUUCAUUUGAUUAUAAGCUGGGGUGCACCAUGCCAAUGAGAGACAAAGAAGGGAAACAAGACUACAGGUUUAUGCCAGAGCCCAACCUGCCUCCCUUAGUCCUCUAUGAUGCCACGUCUCUGCCUCCAGGUGCAGUCUCUCAGCAGGUGAUCAACAUUGACCAGCUUCGAGAAAUGCUCCCCGAGCUCCCCAGUGCAACCAGAGAAAGGCUUGUCCAGCAGUAUGGGAUGCUGCCAGAGCACAGCUUUGCGUUAGUGAAUGAAGUUGGCCUACUGGAGUUCUUCCAAAAUGUGAUAAAAGAAACUAGGGCAGAGCCAAAAAAGGUGACUAACUGGGUCCUGAACACUUUUCUGUGCUAUUUAAAGCAGCAGAAUCUUGCAGUCAGUGAAAGUCCUGUCACACCCACUGCGCUUGCUGAGCUCCUCGACCUGCUGGACAGUAAAGCAAUUUCUUCAUCAGCAGCUAAGCAGGUGUUUGAGGAGCUGUGGAAGGGGGAGGGGAAGACAGCAGCACAGAUCGUGUCAGCACAGCAGCUGGAGCUGAUGCAGGAUCGAGAAGCCCUGGAAGAGCUCUGCCAGGCCACCAUCGAUGGACACCCCCAAGUGGUGGUGGAUAUAAAGGAAAAAAACCCCAAAGCCAUAAAUAAGCUCAUUGGGUUGGUCCGGAAAGCAAGCCUCAGCCGAGCAGACCCGACUGUGAUAAAGGAAAUACUGGAGAAGAAGAUGUCAUUAUGAAGUGUUGGGGUCCCUCUAUCUGAGGGAGGACACUGUGGCCUUGAGAAGAGAGGCCCCUGAGGGCGGGCACUCAAGUGAUGUACACGUUCUCUCUCAGUCCCUACCCAAGCUAAACCUCCUGGGAGGUAACAUUUUACACGUGUGUGUCUUCUGCGACCCCAUGACCUGAGGCAGGCAUCACGGAAGACCAGUAGCUGGAGCACCAGCCUCACUGAAUAGAAACGGUCCAUGAUGGUGGCAGCCGUUGGUAGGAAAUAGUGACU